AACGAGGACUAUCAUCUUACGGAAGAUGAGAAUGAGGUGCGAGCUGAAAGGAAGAAAGCCAAGGAUGCGAAGUACCAGGCGCAUAUGAAAAACGGUACAUGGGAAUUAACCCCUUUACCGAAGGGAGAACGAUGCAUCUCAAGUGGCUGGGUGGAAACUGAUAAGCGAGAUCAGAAUGGUGUUAUUGUGAGGAGAAAGGCAAGAUUUAUUGCCAAAGGUUAUAGUCAAGAAUUUGGCUAUGACUACCUCCACACUUAUGCACCUGUUGCAUCGAUAACCACGAUUCGUUUGGUAUUAGCCCUAGCAUGCAUAUUGGAUCUUGAGCUGGAUAACAUGGAUGUUGAACCAGCUUACCUUCAAUCAGACCUUGAGGAAAAGGUAUAUGUCAAACAACCACCUGGAUAUGAGCAAUAUGGAUCAAAUGGAGAGGAGCU